AUGUUUUCCAAUUUCAGUUUGGAUAAAUUAACUAGCACAAUCACAACAGCAGCACAGUCUGCUCAAGAGACCAUCAACAAUACCAUACUGUCACCAAACGUCCAAACCAAGUUACAAAUUAAAAAAACGACAAGAUUUUUACAAGAAAAAGUCGGGGCCAUCCCUGAAGAUGAGAUAUCUAAACUACCCGAGGACUAUCAACAACUAGAAUUAAAAGUAGAUGCUUUGGAAAAAGUUUUGAAUAGAUUGUUGUUGGUCACUAGGACUUUUGAAUUAGAAGGGUACGAUUAUCCACCUAAUUUGACAGAGAGUCUAAACCAUUGGUGGAAUGAACAGGAUCAAAAAGUUAAUGACUUCAAAAAUAAUGAAAAAGAAUCAAAAGAUUUUGAAAAUGCAGGAAGCAAAGAGACUAGCAACGCUGUCAAUAAUUGUUCCAAUGAUAAAUUAGUUGAAAUCAACUCUUCUAUCUUUAAUAGAUCUUUUGCCAUUGCAAUAAGUAAAGCAGUUUUGGAUUCACAACAAAUAUUUAUCAACUCAAAAAAAAGGAAGGAACAGACUUACACUGGUGAUAGUAAGACAAACAAUGAAGAAGAUGAAGAGGAUGAAGAAGACGAAGAUUUAAAUAAUUUGAUUAAAGCGUUCCAAUCUUGGUGUCAAUGUUAUAAAAAUAUUGACCAAAGUCAAAAUGAUAUGAAUACUAUGAUUGUCAAAGAAUUUAACCAAAAAUUGUCGGAUAUGUUAGCAAUUGAUUUUAAAACCGUUAAGAAAUUGCGUAAAAAAGUACAAGAAUCAAGAUUAGAAUUUGAUACUAUGCGUCACGAAAUAAAAAUGAAGAAUUCAUUGAAGGAAAAGGCAAAAGAAGAAUCCAUUAAGGUUGAAUCUGAAAGUGAAAAGGAAAUUGAGUCUGAAAAUAAGGAUACUGCAAAUUCCAAAGAACAAGAUAAAGGGAAUAUAACAGAAAAAGAACAACAAGAGCAAAAAGAUGAAAAAGAAGAAGAAGAAGAAGAAGAAGAAGAAACUGAGGAAGAUAAAUUAUUGGAACAAUUAGAAGAUGAUUUUGUCUCUAAUAUUACUGCUGCUGCAGAGAAAAUGACGGAGCUUACCGAUAGUGUGGAACUCAUUUCACUAGUGAAAUUAUUUCAAAAUAUUCAGUUGGUUCACUAUAGACAAUGUGUACAAGAAUUAGAAACUAGUAUGAAAUUAUUAGACACUCUAACAAUAAAUGAUGAUGAUGAAUAA